AUGACAAUCACCUAUUUCCCAACCGUUCACGCCGAUAAUGAAUGGUCUCCUCUGAAAUCCAUCAUUGUCGGCCGCGCUGGCGUCGCAUGUUUUCCCAAUGCCCCAGCCGCGAUGAUCAAAGCCACAAUGCCAGAAGAGUACCACGACAAGUUCAAGCCACACAAUCCCUUCCCAUCAGCCCUCAUCAAAAAGGCAGAAGAAGACCUCGAUACAUUUGCUUCAAUUCUAAGAGAGCACGGCGUUCAGGUCAUCCGACCACCCAAGAACAUCAAUUGGAAGGAUAUUGGCGGAUAUACUGGCGCCAUGCCGCGUGAUGGCCUAAUGAGCGUUGGGAAUACUUUGAUAGAGGCAUGCUUCGCUUGGCCCUGUCGCGCGGAGGAGAUCGAAGUUGGAUUUUCGUCUAUUCUUGAUCGAUUAAGCCUAGAUGAUAAGAUUAAAAUCGUUCGCCGUCCAAAGAGCUCCUUCGCCAAUACGCUGCUGGAUGAUGAUGGGACCAAGAACGACAGAUGGGUUAUCAAUAACAGCCGUCCCGCUUUCGACGUCGCAGACUUUAUGCGCUUUGGCAAAACGAUCAUCGGACAAUUAAGCCAUGUCACGAACCAAGCUGGAAUCGACUACGUUCAACAGCAUCUUCCCCCAGGCUACAACAUCGAACUAUUGGACGUUGACGAUCCUCAUGCAAUGCACAUUGAUGCAACGAUUCUUCCUCUUCGCGAAGGUCUUCUGGUGUAUAAUCCGGAAAAGGUCACUGAGGCUAGCUUGCGAAAGCAUGCCAUCCUCAAAGACUGGGACUUGCAACCAUAUCCAUUCAUCCCGGAAGAACGCGAUAACCCGCCAUUGUAUAUGACCAGUCCGUGGCUUUGUCUAAAAGUCUUGGUCUUGGAUGGGAAGAAGGCCAUUGUGGAAGCAAGCGAUGCACGGUCGAUGCGGUGGUUUGAGUCUCUUGGGAUGGAGUGUAUUCCUUGUCCUUUCCAGCAUGUCAAUAGUAUCGGGGGAUCAUUUCACUGUGCUACUGUUGAUCUUGUGAGGGGUGCUGGGCAAUAG